UAACCAUGUUCAACAAACUCUUAAUAUUCUUGAACAAACACAUCCAUGGUUAUUAACUGAUAAAUUGGUAGUUAAACCAGAUCAACUUAUAAAAAGACGUGGAAAAUCUGGUUUAUUAUUGCUGAACUCUGAUUGGCAACAGGUUAAAGAAUGGAUCAUUGAAAGAGCCGGUAAAGAAAUUAAGGUCGAUAAAGUAACAGGAGUCUUAAAAACCUUUCUUGUUGAACCAUUUGUACCACAUCCUUCCGAUACCGAAUAUUAUAUCAAUAUUAAUUCUGUCCGUGAAGGUGAUUUUAUUUUAUUCACCCAUGAAGGUGGUAUUGAAGUGGGUGAUGUUGAUGCUAAGGCAUUAAAGCUUUUAAUUCCGGUGGAUGAUUCUUAUCCAAGCCCAGAAGAAAUUAAGGAAAAACUAUUAAUAAAUGUUUCUGAUGCAAAGAAAAAUGUCUUGGUAGACUUUAUAUCUCGUUUAUAUGCUGUAUAUGUUGAUUUACAUUUUACAUACCUUGAAAUCAAUCCAUUGGUGGUGCUUGAUUCUACUUCUGAUGAUGAAGUACCAAAAAUAUUUUCUCUUGAUUUGGCUGCGAAGUUAGAUCAAACAGGUGAAUUUGAAGCUGGGCCAAAAUGGGCUAUUGCUCGUGCUCCGAGUAAUAUAGGAUUAGCAGUUAACACUAAGUCAACAAAGACUCAUAUUGAUCAAGGACCUCCUAUGGAGUUCCCUGCUCCCUUUGGUCGAGAAUCAACCAGAGAGGAAGCUUAUAUUCAAGAAUUAGAUUCGAAAACUGGAGCAUCAUUAAAGUUAACCAUUUUAAACAAAGACGGUAGAAUAUGGACCAUGGUUGCUGGUGGUGGUGCUUCGGUCGUUUACAGCGAUGCGAUUUCCGCAUUAGGAUUCGCCCAUGAACUCGCCAAUUAUGGUGAAUAUUCUGGGGCACCAACUGAAACUCAAACUUAUGAAUAUGCAAAAACUAUUCUUGAAUUAAUGACUCGCAAUCCUGUACCACGUCCUGAUGGAAAGAUUUUAAUUAUUGGUGGUGGUAUUGCAAACUUUACCAAUGUCGCAGUUACUUUUAAAGGCUUAAUCCGUGCAUUACAAGAAUUCAAACAACCUUUAAUUGCUCAUAAGGUCAAAAUUUUUGUAAGGCGUGGUGGUCCAAAUUAUCAAGAAGGGUUAAGAGCCAUGAGGCAAUUAGGGGAUGAAAUCGGUGUAGAAAUUAGUGUGUUCGGCCCCGAAACACAUAUUACUGAAAUUAUACCUUUAGCCUUGUUGGGACAUGGAUCAGGACUUAAUAAUAUAGUUACAGGUCAACUUGAUUCUUCAGGAAAUACUCUUCAAAAUCAACUUUUUGGAACAUCCACUCAUUCAUCAAAAGGCAAAAAAGAUAUCAAUGAAGAACCAAAGGAUCUUUCUAGACCAACAUCUCCUAUAGCUGAUCCACGAGAAAGGAUGACGUUUUUUGAAAAUCCUGGAAUACGCCAAAGUCCUUGGUAUUCCAUAUUUACAAGCGAAACGCGUGCCUUCGUGUAUGGCAUGCAACCACGUGCUGUACAAGGAAUGUUGGAUUUUGAUUACAUAUGCAAACGUCAGAUACCAUCCGUGGCUGCUAUGAUUUAUCCAUUUGGUGGAAAUCAUGUGCAAAAGUUUUAUUGGGGUACAAAAGAAACCUUAUUAAGUGUUUUCAAUAACUUUGAAGAUGCAAUCAAAAAUUUUCCUGAAGCUGAUACCGUUGUGAACUUUGCUUCUUCUCGAUCAGUCUAUGAUUCUACCUUUGAGUUUUUCAAAUACUCGAACCAAAUUAAAACUAUUGCCAUAAUUGCAGAAGGAGUUCCUGAACGUCGUGCAAGACAAAUCCUUCAUGAAGCCGAGAAAAAAAAAGUUCUCAUCAUUGGUCCUGCGACUGUUGGUGGUAUCAAACCGGGUUGUUUCAAAAUUGGUAAUACGGGUGGAAUGAUGGAUAACAUUGUUUCAUCUAAAUUAUAUCGACCUGGUUCAAUAGCUUAUGUAUCAAAAUCUGGUGGUAUGUCCAAUGAGUUGAAUAAUAUCAUUUCAAGGACAACAGAUGGUGUAUAUGAAGGAGUUGCAAUUGGUGGAGAUCGUUAUCCUGGAUCAACAUUUAUUGACCAUUUAUUGCGUUUUGAGGGUGAUCCAAAAUGUAAAAUCUUAGUUUUGCUUGGAGAAGUUGGUGGUGUCGAAGAAUAUAAAGUUUGUGAGGCUCUCAAAGAUGGACGAAUCAAGAAACCUUUGAUUGCUUGGUGUAUUGGUACUUGUGCUAAAAUGUUUGCAACGGAAGUUCAAUUUGGUCAUGCAGGCGCAUUAGCACAAUCAGAUCUUGAAACUGCUGAUGCAAAAAAUAAUGCUCUUAGAGAAGUAGGUGGAAUUGUUCCUGAAACAUUUGAAAAAUUACCAUUAGCAUUACAUGAAAUAUAUCAAAAACUUGUAUUAGAUGGUACUAUUAAAGUAGUCUCUGAACCUGAUACGCCCAAAAUACCUAUUGAUUAUUCUUGGGCACAGGAACUUGGAUUGGUUCGAAAACCUGCAAGUUUUGUGUCUACCAUUUGCGAUGACCGUGGUCAAGAGUUAUUGUAUGCAGGAAUGAGAAUUUCCGAUGUAUUCAAGGAAAACAUUGGUAUUGGUGGAGUUUUGAGCUUAUUAUGGUUUAAAAGAAGAUUACCAGAUUAUGCUUGUACAUUUAUUGAAAUGAUACUUAUGUUGACCGCAGAUCACGGUCCUGCUGUUUCUGGUGCUCAUAAUACUAUUGUCACUGCUCGAGCAGGAAAAGAUCUUAUAUCAAGUUUAUGCGCUGGCUUGUUAACAAUCGGAGACAGAUUUGGUGGUGCUCUUGAUGGAGCAGCUGAAUUGUUUACAAGUGCGUAUGAUAAAGGGUUGACACCUCGUGAGUUUGUAGAUUCGAUGCGUAGGCAAAACAAAUUAAUUCUUGGUAUAGGACAUAAAAUCAAAUCUCGUAAUAAUCCAGAUCUUCGUGUAGAGAUUAUUAAAGAAUUUGCCAAAAAGAACUUUCCUGCAACAAAUUUGCUUGAUUAUGCCUUAGCUGUUGAAGAAAUUACUACCACUAAAAAGGAUUCGUUGAUCCUUAAUCUUGAUGGUGCAAUUGCAGCUUGUUUUGUCGACUUAUUAAGAGAAUCGGGUGCUUUUAGUAGAGAAGAGGCAGAAGAAUAUAUUAAUAUUGGAGCCUUAAAUGGAUUAUUUGUAUUAGGAAGAAGUAUAGGUUUCACUGUUCCUGGAGUAGAACAAGGCCGUACUUUUGUUAGUCAAGAUGUAGUUGCUCAAAAGGCCGAAAAGGGUGCUUAA